CGACUCUGUGCGUCUCAGUUUCAGUUUACUUUGAGCUAGCUUGGGGCCCUCAAAUAUUUUUAAUCAUGAAGCUGCUGAUCUUGGUUUUUGUGCUUGCCGCCUUAAUGGCAAUUUCUACCGCUCUAAAAAAUGAGUUCUGUGGUCUUCCCCACUCCCGAAAUGGCGAUGGGAGAAUCUCCUGCGAGGCUUACAUCCCCAGUUGGUCUUACGAUUCCGCAAACAAUGAGUGCAUCAAAUUCAUUUACGGAGGCUGCGGAGGCAAUGACAAUCGAUUCAACUCGAAGGAGAAUUGUGAAGACAAGUGUUUGCAAUAAAAUAAAGCAAGUCUACCGAUAAUGUGAGACAAAUCCAAAUCUAA